CAGAAAUUAGGUGAUGAUGAAAAAUGGAUGACGUUGCGUCCGCACAUAGCGAAAAUUUAAAUUUACGCAAAAUUCAACAAAAACUUUUGCAAUGGGAGAAAAAAGAGUGCUCUCUAUCGCAACUAACAGACUAUCAAAUCGAUGCAAUCGAACAAUUAAAUGAGCCACAACAGCAAAAAACCAACGAUUCAGGUCCGGAACUGAAUUCGGCGGAUGAUUUAACUUCAAACGAAAAUGUUUCAACAAACGACAAUAAAUUCAACAUUCCAACACAUGUAAUCGAUUCAACGCAGGAUUUUUUCAGCUGGUAUCAUGAUGUUGAAUCUCAAUUAUACAAUGGUUCCGAUGAUAUUUAUCGACAAUAUUUUGAGCAAUUAUCAAGUCGACGCGAUGAGUGUGAUAAUUUAUUAGAUAAAAUCAAUUUUGCGUUGAAAAACCUCGAUGGACUCAAAACCGAAUACAAUUUCGUGUCGAAUAAAACAUGGUCACUGAAUUCAGGAAGUGAAAAAUUAAUAGCCGAACAAAACAAAUUGAUUGGUAUCACCGAUGAGAUCAAACGACGUCUGCAUUAUUUUACACAAGCCGAAAAUCUACUGCAAAUUCUACAGAGUCCCACGAUUUCUGUGUCCAGUGAAAUUUUUGCACAAACAUUGACCCGAGUCGAUGAUUGUAUUGCAUACAUCAAAGCCAAUAACAAAUUCAAAGAUUCACCAACCUAUUUGGCGAAGCACAAUCAAUGCCUAGCUAAAGCUGUACUUCUCAUUAAAAAUUACCUCAAUCACAUGUUUACAAACACAGCUGAUCAAAUAGCGAAUAUGAAAGAUGCCCCAAAAACCGGAGACCAGUCAUCAGAUGCAGCGUUUGCAAUGUACUAUGGAAAAUUCCAAGGAAUAGCACCAAAAGCCAGUCAAAUUAUAAAUUUGGUGGAAAGUCGCAUUGAGCAAAAUGUGGAAUACGAACUGCUUUUGAAUGAAAUACACAAAAUGUAUUUGACACAACGAGCGGGAAUAAUGAGUUCAGAAAUUGAAGUGGCCAUUAAAAAUCUUACGGCGUCAUACAAAGGGGACCACUGUGCUUUGGUUCGAUCAUCAUGUGCAUUUAUGGUGCACGUAUGCCAAGAUGAACAUCGGCUUUUCUACCAAUUCUUUACAAAACCAUCACAUCAAUUAACAUCGUAUUCGGAGGGAAUUUGUACAAUUUUAUAUGAUACAUUACGACCCUAUAUUAUUCAUAUAAAUCAUUUAGAAACAUUGGCCGAGAUUUGUGGCAUUUUAAGAAUUGAGAUGCUUGACGAACACGUAGCCCAUCACGCCGAUUCACUGGAAGCUUUUGGCAAGAUAUGUUUGCAAUUGUUGCAAGAUGUUCAAGAGAGACUUGUGUUCCGUGCCCAUUUGUACCUACAAUCUGACAUUCUGAAUUACAAACCAUCCGGUGGUGAUUUGGCCUAUCCAGAAAAAUUGGAAAUGAUGGAGAGUAUAGCAAAUUCCCUAAAUGAAACCAUGAUGCGAAGUAGUGCUUCAAUUGUGUCGAUGAGUUCAGUUCAUGAUUCAAAACACAUACCCAGAAGUUCGCCAGCUGAUCUGCAUGGAAUGUGGUAUCCAACAGUUCGCCGUACACUUGUGUGUUUAUCAAGAUUAUAUCGAUGUAUCGAUCGACCAGUAUUCCAAAGUCUUUCACAAGAAGCCUUAUCGUAUUGUAUUCAAAGUGUGUCACAUGCGGCUCAAUUGAUUGCAACAAAAAAGACCUCAAUCGAUGGUGAACUCUUUGAAAUAAAACAUUUGUUAAUUAUCCGAGAACAAAUUGCACCGUUCCGUGUUGACUUCACUGUGCGCGAAACAAGUUUGGAUUUUAGUAAAACAAAAACGGCCGCAUUUAGUCUAUUGCAAAAACGAAAGCAACUAUUCGCCAUGGAUAGCAAUAAUGCGUUAUUGGAAUUUUUAGUCGAUAGUACGCCACAGAUUAAAGAGCAUUUGCAUGAUUCUCGAAAAGAUGUUGACCGUCAUUUGAAGUUAAUUUGUGAGAAUUUCAUUCGAGAUGCCACCAAUUUAUUAAUUGGUCCGGUUGUAUCGUUUAUUGAACGGGCACAGAAUCUACUCAAGGCAAAUGCAACCACGCCAAGUGAUGCACAACAACAAUUGCAACAAGGUGCAGGAGUGAAAACUGUAAAUUAUGUAUUGAGACAAACAACAUGGGCAAGCCCACAGCAAAUAAGCGGCGUUAUUCAAGAAUCACAACGACUUAUUAAAAGUAAAUUAAGUGGACUUCAACGUGCAAUGCUUUUGUAUCUUGCAAACAAAGACACUGAAUUUAUACUGUUCAGACCCAUUCGGAAUAAUUGCAUCAGUGCAUUUGUUAAGCUCGAACAAUUAUUGACGACCAACGGUUAUACAAAAGAUGACAUGAUCAUUACAAGUUGCCCCACAGCUGAUCAGAUUUCAAUUCUAUUGUCUAAUACUAGUUUAGUGGCCGAAGAUAAUAAACAAGAAGCAGCAAGGAAAUUUAGCACUACAUCAAAUUCAGGCCGUGAGAAAGGCAUUAAAGAAGAAGAACCAAAACCAUCUGACAUUGAAGCAAGUAGUGAAAAUGUUGAAGAAAACACCAAUUAAAAUUAUAUUUACUUAUUAGU